GGCGGCUGCCGGCUCGCCCACAUGGAAGCGCCAUUUCCUCUGCCCUUGCUUUGCCCUUAAGGCGGCGGUGCCGCCGGCGGUGCCCGCGCCUCGCCCCGCACAGGCGGUUGCGGGCGGGCGCCGCGUCCCCGUCUCCCCCCCACCCCUCCCCCGCCGCAACGCCACACACAGAGCGCCCAGCCCGGCGGAAGAAGGGGCAGGGGGCGGCCGGCUGCUCAGCUAAAAACAACCCUCUCCUAAUAAAGCGAUGGGGCUAGGGCCGCGGUGCCGCGCUCUCCGCGCCCUAUAAAUACGCUCGGUGGGCGGCCGGCGGGCUUUGGCCGGCGCGGCUCGGCAGGCGGUGCGGUGCAGCGGAGCGGAGCCAGCGCAGCGGGGCCGCCACUGCCGCGAGGAGAGCCCGGGCCCCCGCACCCCGCCAGCCCAGCAAGAUGCCCCGGGUAGACGCAGACCUCAAACUGGACUUUAAAGAUGUCCUGCUCAGACCUAAAAGAAGCAGCCUCAAAAGCAGAUCAGAGGUCGACCUCACGCGCACCUUCACCUUCCGCAACUCCAAGCAGACAUACACGGGAAUUCCCAUUAUAGUGGCAAACAUGGAUACUGUGGGGACAUUUGAAAUGGCCGUGGUUAUGGCAAAACAUGCAAUGUUCACUGCAAUUCACAAGCAUUAUUCUCUGGAAGAAUGGAAACUGUUUGCUGCCAAUCACCCAGAAUGCCUUGAGCAUGUAGCAGCAAGCUCAGGCAGUGGAAAAGCUGAUUUGGACAAGUUAAGAAGUAUUCUAGAGGCCAUUCCACCUAUCAGAUACAUCUGCCUGGAUGUGGCAAACGGCUAUUCAGAGCACUUUGUAGAGUUUGUGAAGUCUGUCCGUGCCCUGUUCCCACAUCACACCAUUAUGGCAGGCAAUGUGGUGACAGGAGAGAUGGUAGAAGAACUUAUUCUUUCUGGAGCAGAUAUUAUUAAAGUGGGUAUUGGACCAGGUUCUGUGUGUACCACUCGGAUUAAGACAGGGGUGGGAUAUCCACAACUAAGUGCUGUUAUUGAGUGUGCAGACUCAGCACAUGGCUUGAAAGGACAUAUCAUCUCUGAUGGAGGAUGUAGCUGCCCAGGAGAUGUCGCCAAAGCUUUUGGAGCCGGUGCUGAUUUUGUCAUGCUUGGAGGAAUGUUUGCAGGCCAUGACCAGUGUGCUGGAGAGAUUAUGGAAAAGAAUGGCAAGAAGGUGAAGCUCUUCUAUGGAAUGAGCUCUGAUACAGCCAUGAAGAAGCAUGCAGGAGGGGUUGCUGAAUACAGGGCUUCAGAGGGCAGAACUGUGGAGGUACCGUACAGAGGGGACGUGGAACUCACCAUCCUGGACAUCCUCGGGGGGCUGCGCUCCACCUGCACCUACGUGGGAGCUGCCAAACUCAAGGAACUGAGCAGGAGAACAACGUUUAUCCGGGUCACCCAGCAGCACAGCCAGGUCUUCUCUUAGCCCAGGACUGGGGGACUGGAGAGAGAGGGGUGGGGGAGAGGAGCAGGAAGGGCUGCUGUUUUGUUUUGCUUUCUCCUCCACAUUGUGUUGGUGGCAAACUCUCCUCUCUCGGAGUGGCAGUGUCAUAGCCAAUGGAGGGGCUAUGGCUGGCAUUUGGAAGGGGAAGGUUGUGCUAUUAACACAGUGCCAUUGGUUCAAAAUGCAAUAGCCUCAUCUUUUAUUGUUGUGCCUAUUUUAUUUUUUAAUCGACAUUUCUUCAUCCAUUUUCCCCCCUCUGAUAAAUAGCUGCUGAAACCUCAAUUAACAAAGAAUUGGCUUGUACAGAGUUGGCUCUUGCGCCUGCGCACAUACACACACAUUCCUUAAGACUGACCUGUCAGCUACCACCACUUCUGGCGAUGCACCCUCCAGAAAUUGCAGGCUGGGAGAGAAAAAGACGGAAGGAAUUGUGUGGCAAAAUCAAAAAUCAAAGUCUCCUCAUCUUUGUUCUGACCAAAGAAUAGACGUUUACGGCAUGGCUGCCAGCCUGCAGAAUGCCAGAGGUGGAUGGUGCACGAGGCCUGGCUACUGGUGACUUCUUACGGUGAUGAUAAAAAUGCCGGAUCUCUUUCAGUUCACAGGGCUUCAGAGAAGCUGGGACUGAAUGUAGCAAACCUGUACUGUCCCCCUUGCCUCCAUCUCAGGAGACAAUGUCUCGGAGCUUGCCUGCUUUUUUGUGUGUGCAGUUACUGAAUUACUUGCGUUCCUGCUUUUACCUGCUCUCUGUGAACAGAUUUCUAAGACAUUGAAACUCAGCAACAGUAACCCACCAAGGGGAGGUUUUUCUGCAGCCCUCCCUGUUCCCUUGCCUGUCCGUAUCUAUUUAGAAAAGACAAAAAAAAUGCUGCGACGUGCAUUGUCUGUGGCCAGGUGAGUGAGGCCAGAGGGAUCGAAUUCACUUUUGGUUAUCAUCUGGUAGCACUCCUCUGCAGUCCUUGACACCACGAAAAGCAAAAGAGAGCUUUUGGCAGAAUAGCCUGAUUGCAAGACGCUGGUAGGCUGAGAUGGAGUUAAAGCGUUUGCUCUAAAGGCAAUAAUGAAUGGUUAAGACUCUGGGUAACACUUUAAUAAAAUGUAAUGGCCCAUUAAUUAAUUGAUAAAUCACAAUGAAAUUUCUUUGGAAAUACACAUUGCAUCCACAUGAAUACCACAGUAGCUCGUUAUGAUAAAUGAUGUAAAAGUGAGCACCAAUGAAUUAAUAAUGCUUGGCCACUUACUUUAAAGUGCUGCUGAGAUUGUAAUACAGCUGAUGGUUCUUCAGUACUUCAGAGUCUUACUUUCCCCUCUUGUAGGUAUCUAUCUGUAGAAAGAGGCAGGCUUCCUUUGAAAAGCAAAAGAGUGAUCUGUAGGAAGAGGAAUAGCAAAGAGAAACUCUGGAAUUAAACUCUCAUGCUGGACUGCUCAAAAAGGCAUGCACAAGGAGUGGUUCGAUUGACCACACUGAGGAGCACAUCUAGGCCACAGGCUGAUCCCUGCUGAUUUAGAAGUGUGUUGUGCACAUUUCAAAAAACACAGAAUAUCUUCUAAAUAGCCUGAUAUUUUAAAUGUCUUCCAUUUAACAUGUGGGACAUAAUUUGAGUGUGACCCCUUCCUCUGCUUUGGAGUUGAGUAAGGGCCUUAAUGUGAGCGCAAGUUACGCUUGUGCUGGCUUUAAGGACUAUUUGCCCUGUCCACAUACCAUAAAGGAACCCGAAGGCAGAAGAGAAGCAGGCCCUGUGAAUAAAGGAUCUGAUCUCUCUUCCCUCCAGCCUGAAAGCAUCAGGUUAAGAAGAUGCCAGGCGUCUUCACCACAGAUCCUACCACGGGCCACCUAUUGCCCUUACCUGCCCUAAGCCCAGAGCGCGGGCACUGUUGUUACUCUGCAUCAGUAUGACUGUAGGAGGUCACCGCUCCUUUAUUUACGGGAUGCCAGGAGCAGGGGUGCAAAGGCAAACGAACACCUCCGUGCGGAGCGGGGUUAGACCCUCACGUCGCAGGCCUGACCACAGGUGUCUCUCCACACUCGUGCCUUCAUACGUGGGAAGUGCAGCAUUCUGCUGGUCUCACGCCUACUCUCACUAGCGCUUUUCUACUUCUUUUAGCUACAUUUCUAAAUGGAAUUUAAGAAAUACAUACACAUAUAUAAAAAAUAUAUAUAUAUUUGUAAACAUUUUUUUAAAAAGAUCAUACGCACACCGAACAGAGCAGCUUCAUGACACGUCUUCAGAACAGUUUCUUUUCCAAAAGGCAGGCGCUGGGGACAAGGCGGGGGGGCUGCCUCUCCACUGGUGUGGCAAGCGUGGGGCUUCCCCCCCCGGGCAGGCUGCACACUCACACAGCCAGCCCGGCCUGGGGCUGCGCUUCCCUUCCCCUUUCGCACAUACCUCUGACGGACUGGUGACUAAUAGGAAAGGAUGGGGAUGACAGGCUAAUCUUAAGUUUGUUCCCAGAAUUCUCCAGGCUGUGAAUGACAUUGACGCUAAGAAUAGUUAUUGAUAAAGCUUUGAGUUAGGGUAGUUGGUUUUCUAAAUAGCAGCUCUUACCAUCAUUACAAUCAAGUAUCUCAGCAGUCACCACUGACACUGUGCAUGUCCAGCCCUCAGAUGAGCUGGAAAAACGGAAAAAAAGAUGAGCUGGAGCCCUCUUUCAACAGCCAGUCCUGUGCUCUAGUAGUUGCCCGUAUCCCCAGGUGCUGUGCCCUGCUCAAGCCCGCUGACACUCUCGUGAGGAAUGGGGGGCAGAGAGGGAGCAGAGGGCGUGCUGUGUCUGGCAGGAUGGUCCGAGCAGAGGCCACAGUAUGGAUAAAUGCCACGUGCCAUUUGUGGAUCUACCUCACCUGCACAUUUAACCGGGUUCUCUGUUACGUGGUGUCUUUCUGUGGGAAGUGUCAUUCGUUAAGUGCUUAGUGUUGGGUGAUUGUGCAUAACCUGCUCGUAUUUAACCCUACCACCCCCACCCCAUCCCCUCUAGAGGAACGCUGUGAGUGUGAUCAGUGUAGGCCAUGGUCAUACCUGCUUCCCCCAGCCAGGCAGCUGUUCAGCUGAGUGUCCAAGAGCAAUGUUGAGCUUUGGCCCACUGGCUCCACAGCGAUUGAGUUUAACAUACCAAAGACCUACAAGCAGGGAUGCUGAGAAGGGCAGCAUCAUUAAAGCAAUCGCUGCUGAGCGUGUCCAUCUCCAGCUUCUUGAAACACAAGGACACCUGAAACACCUCCUCCUCUCCCAGCAGUAUUCUGCAAUUGCCUUGCUGCAGCGUGUUGGCAGGGCAGGCGGGCCCUCCUCCCCACGCAGCCUGGCUCCCCUGCGCGCUCCUUGCGGGGGAAGGCCGUGCCACCGCAGCAGCCUUGCUCAUGCCCGGGGGAUUGCGUGGUGGCUGUUGGGGGGGUGCACGUGUAGACCUCCUCGUAGGCCUGAGCCCAGCCUGUUAGAGGAGAGGGCCUUGAGCCAGCAUCAUGCCAGAUGCAAAACCAGCCACGCAGGUCUCCUUUCACAGGAGGAAAGAAGCGCACGCAUCCAGGGGCCUCUGCUCAUCCCCAUCAGCCAAGGGGCAGGGGCUCUGGCUGGGCUCUUCCCGCUGCUUUCUUCUCGCCUUAGGGCAUGGGGAGGGGUGUUGAAUGUAGGAUGGGGCCACCCUGUAAAUAAUGAGGAGUUGUCAGCGGGGGCAGGAGGAGCCGCUGCUUAUAUUUGGAGAAGCUUUUCCCAUACAAAGUGUGUCUGUGUGUUCCUUACGGCUUGUCAAUAGCAGGGGGAGAAAGGAUGAUAAGCAAGAAACACAGCAGCAAUUAGCCAAGCCCACCGUGCUGGGACAGGGGGCUGUUGUUUCCCACUCACGGACACAUUUGAGUUUGAAGCCUUUUCUGACCCAACCACUCCCUAGUUUAUACCUGUUGAGCUCCCCUGUCUUGAACACGCUUGCUGCUACAGCUUUCUGCCCGUGUAUGUACAGUGUCUGUCCAUCGCUGCCUCCCACCCCUCCACCUGGGGGAUGUUGCUUUUCAGUCGUUAGUAUCGGUUUUAUACCAAAAGAGUUGUUUGUUGGAGCCAGGAGGGCUUUGGCAACCAGUGCCAGGUUUGGCCUUGCUUGUGUAGAAGAGAGAAAGGAAAAAAAAAGCCAAGGCAGGAGAGGGCUGGGCCCUUCCCCGGGGGGUGGGAGCUGCCCGGGGGGCGGCAGAGGGGCCGAAGCACGGCUGGGUUAGAUGCUGGCACAGCUCUGCGACCCCAAACACAGCACAGACCACCCCCGCGCAGCACGCGCUUCCUUCACUUGUGGUCAUUCAGCUGUUUACGUGAGCCCUCCCCAGCAUUUACCUGACACAGUGUUUACUGGCUGAAGUUUUUGUACGGACGUAAGUAACUCAGCAUCCAAAACUCCUCAGUGUUGCCUGCGAUAACUGUGAAGCGCUUCUGCAUCACCGGCCAAAACGGGCCGAUGAGCGCGAGAUGUUCUCCUGCCCCACUCGGCCCAGCUGAGACGGCCACGGCGAGCGCUGCCUCCCCUCCUCUGUAGCCCCCGCGCGUGUGCGCGGCACCGCCAUUUAAAGUGUUCAAAAGUUGUAAACGGAAAGUUUUUAUGCAAUAAAGAGCUUCACUCCAAUGAUACGGAGAAGGUUUUAUGGCCGCGGAUGGGUACGUGUGUGCUUCUGCCUCGUCGCGAAUAAAAGCAACCGCUCUAAAAUGCAUUGCUGGGAGGGGGGGAAUUAAAUUGGGCAAAUUGCUUCCCUAGGAAACGCUCUCGCAUUCAGUUGUAACUCAUAAAGACAAAACACGCGUUUGCAAUUGGCACUGUUAUUUUAUUAGUACGAGUAUACUGAAACAAUAAACUUGUACUGGUAUACAGACAAUUUCUUUAAAACAAUUUUGUUCAAAUUUUGAAUCAAACAUUGUUUUAUUAUAAUAAUGAAAUAAUUUCUACCUAGAAAACCUGCAAGCACCAUCAAAGAAAGGGACCAUAAAAUUCAAUAAACAGACGCGAGUGUAUCCUACAAAUAGACACACCACCAUUAGAAAAUAGAAUAUGAAUUCUUCCAUUUUUUUUUUUAAUAUUUG